AUGGCAGCUCUUUCUCUCUCCCUGGCUCCGCCGGCGAUAGUGCGGCUCCAUGAUAUGCUCAUAUGCCUGUCCAAAUUUAGUGACACUGUCGCUAUUGAAGCAGAGCAUGGUCUGCUUCGACUGAGUGUGUUGAACUCGUCCAAGACGGCCUUUGUGUCCUUCGCCUGUAUGAAAGAGUCAUUCUUCGAAACCUACUCAUUCGCUAUGCGGCAGAAGCCCGUGGGUCAGGCAGGAGAUCGAUUUUAUUGCCAGAUUUUAAUCAAGGCACUUCUGUCGAUCUUCCGUGGAAGAGUGGAUCGACACAAGGACACCGCCGUGGAGCGAUGCGAAAUGGAGCUCCAUGAAGAUCCUCAGCAAGCGGAGUGUCGACUGACGGUGAAGAUGAUAUGUGGUCUUGGUGUGAUCAAAUCCUACAAGCUGACCUAUGAACCCGCAUCAAUUCAACAUGCUGUCUUUGAUAAGAGAGGGGCUGUGAACCAAUGGACCGCGGACCCUCGAUUUCUGAAGCAAAUCACUGAGCACUUCAGCCUAUCCGCAGAGCAGCUCGACAUGUACUCUGACUCUGGAAAGGCCGUAUUUACAAGCUUUACAGCCAAGGUGAUGGACGGAAAAGAGGUACUGAAGUACCCUGUGCAUACCUCUGUCGCCACUGACAAGCGCGAUUUUGAAGAGUUUCAUGUCGAGGACAAGAUGCAUAUUGUGAUUAAUCUCAAGGACUUCAAGGCGGCAAUUGCCCACGCGGAGACAGCAAACGCUACCGUUACAGCUCGGUAUACUUACCCCUGCAAACCACUCCAGCUGACUUACGAGUUGGAGGGCAUAUCCGCCGAAUUCACAAUCAUGACCGGGGGAGAUGUGGAUGGGGACUUUGCAGCGACCUCGUCACGCAAUGGAAUCCGAGAACUUUCACAAAGACAGACGCCCGGCGCGCCGAUCUCGAUUCAGCGCAAUCGAACACCCCGUGAGACUACUCAGGACACACAAAUGCCUCCGCCGCCGCCACCUGCUCGCUUAAUCAAGCCUUUGAAUGGAAGUUCAACCCAGGAGCACCUGUCACGGUCGAUUGCGGGUGAGCGACCGAGCGCGUCCUCGCUUUCUCUGGAAUACGACAGUCUUUUUGUACCGGCGGAUGACGAUCGCCAGUGGGAUGAAAUGAAUGAGGAAGAGGAAGAGCCUCAGGAUAUCCUCGGUUGGGACGCGAGUGGCCGGGGAGAUGUAUUUGAGGCCACGCUGAGAGACGAGGAACCGGGAUUCUCAAGAAAUGAGAGCAAACCCGAUCAGACGGAGAGUGAAGACAUGGGAAUUCCGCCCACGCAGCGAAUUUCACAGGUGCGUAUUUCUUCAGUCUCCUGCAUGCGCGAAAGUGCGAACACCAUCGGGUUACUAACACUUUGCCCCAACAAGGUCCGUGGGUUUGGUCUUUUCGACUGA